AUGAUUGCCUAUUUCCUAGAGAAGGAGCUCAAGUUUGAAGAAAAAGUUAAUAUUUGCAAGAUUUUCGAUUUGGAUCCCGACUCGAGCUUGGUGCUAAUAGCUAAAUUGUCCAGUGAUGUUUUUACUUACGAUAAUGUGAUGCACAGACUGGUCUUUCACAAAGAGAAGUGGGCGAAAGAAGAGAAGAAAACGACCGGUCUCGAAGAUGAUCUUCAAGAUGACGAU